AGUAGUUUAUUGAGUACACGAACGUUUUCGGGCAUCGCCCUUCAUCACGUAUACCUGAACCCAAGAACUCUUAGCUCAAACACUGAUCAAUGAAUCUGAAUGAAACUUUUUAGAAUGAUUUGUCAUGGUCCAAAGAAUAACAACAAAUAAUAAUGAUAACAAUGAUGAUGAUUCGAUUUAGUGGCAGGAUUCCAGAAUGCGAACUGUGAUGAUGACCUGGUAUUAAAUAUGCAGAUCAGCGACAAAGACCGUCCACUUUCAAUUAAUCCAACAUUCUUCAACUGUAGAAAUGAGCCGAUUAAGAUUACAUACAUAGUUUUCAGCGAAGUGUUUUUCAGCGAUGGCCUACCUGGAGUAGCAGUCUUAGGAUCAAAGAACGUGGAUGUUGCUGUGAGGACCAACGUUGUUUCAUUUUCAAUAAUCCCUGAAUCAAAUUUUCAAGUAGAUACUGACAUCAAAUUUUCAAUACCUCAUGAAAAGAUAACCGAAGAUAAGGUAUUCUGCAUGUUCUGGGAUAUAAACAAAAUGGUUUGGUCGGACAAGGGAUGUCAGGUGACAAAUGCUUCUCAAACAGAAACCAGCUGUGUGUGUAACCAUACUACAAGCUACAGUAUUUUAGUGCAAGUUACAGACAACAAGGUUUCCAGUUUCAAUGACGUCACUUUGACCGUCCUUUCGCAAGUACUUCUCAUCAUUUCCACUGUGGCUCUCAUAUUUGGAGUUCUCAUUCUAUUUUGUUUGAGAAAACUCAGUAAAUGUGUCCGUACAAGUAUUCAUAAACACUUGAUGAUCACAUUGGCUCUGUCGCACAUACUGUUUCUGGGAGGCACCGACAAAACAUCGAGUAACGUCGGGUGCACAGUCAUAGCGGCCGCUCUUCUUUACCUGCUACUCGCCGUGUUCAUGUGGAUGUUAGCUGAAGCCGUUUAUCUCUACUACAAAAUAUUCGAUAUCAACGGGACCAGUGUCCGUUACAGAACGAUAUCUGUAUACAUUAUUUGUUGUUAUGGUGCACCGAUGUUAGUCGUUGGGGUCGCCCUUGCUUGCAAUGUUGAUGGAUUUGGUACUGACAAUGCGUGUUGGUUAACUCCGUCUAAUGGCCACAUCUGGGCGUUCUCAGGACCAGCAUUGAUAAUAUGUUUGGCCAACUUAGCUCUUAUUUUCAAAGUUGCUAAAACAAUUUACGUGCGUUCCAAAGGACAUAAGACAGCUCAACAACAGAAGGAGAUUGCGAUGACUGGGAAAGCUGUGAAGGGCGCCCUCAUACUCGUGCCGUUAUUGGGUGUUACUUGGUUGUUUGGUGUAUUUGCUUUCAACAAAGCAACGACGUUUUUCUCCUAUAUGUUCGUUAUUUUGAACGGAAGCCAAGGACUUGCUAUAUUCCUGGUAUGCAUCGUGUUAAGUCCACAGGGAAUUUAUUCAAGUACAUGGGCCGUUGGCCCUAAUGCUAAACAUAAUUUAUUGUAA